UUAGCCGUUAUAGCAUUGAGAAAACUUCUAGUGAUGUAACCACUGCCCCCAAAAACUUCUCCCACUUACCACUACCGCACCCCAAAAAUUUCGAGAUUUACACCCAGGAAAAUCAACUCAAAUUCUCUGUUUUCUUCUACUUUGGCCGAGAGGCUUCAGUCAUGGCGGAUUUCUCUUUUCUUUCUGAUAGCGACAAUGAAAAAGCUGUAGAAGAGCUUCUGUCACAAGCAAUGGAUCAAUCUGUUCUUGAACAAGUUGCUGCUAUUAACUGUUCUGGCUUUACUGACUCUAUCCUCCCCACUCAGCUUGAAACUCGGUUUCGCAAACUCAAAUCCCUUCCUGCUGCUCCGAUAACUCGAAAACCCUCUACUCUCACAAGAAAUUCCAGGAGUUUCGGUUCCUCGGAGUUCACAAACACCCCCAAAACGAAGAAAAUUGAUGGUGAAAAUGAGAAAAUUGAAGGAAGCCCAGUUGUGGAGAAAGGUUCUAAGGUGAAUUUGGAAGAUGGGUUUGUUGAAAAACAGACAAAAUUGAACGUUAAUUCGGUCGAAAAUGAUGUUUCCUCGAAAACCCCAAAUGGGAAAAGAGGGAAAACAUCAUCAUUUGGGCCAAUAUCAUCUCCAUCAGAUUCUUGGAAUUCUUCCAAGGACUGUUUGUCUCCACCAGCGAAAACUGGGUGUUUUUGGUGUUCACCUAAGAAGGGGUUUAAUAAAAAGGGGAAAGAGAAUAGGGGUGUGAGUAUGGGGCUAAAAUGGGGGAAGGAUGAUGAUUUGUUAUCGGAUUUGAGUACGUUUUCAUCGAAAAAUCAAGAGAAGUUGAUGAAGAAAGCUAUGGAGGAGCAAGAGAAGAUUAAUAGAGAAGCUGAGAAGAUUGUUAAGUGGGCAAAGCAAGCAUCUGCUAGGAUGGAUGUUUCUAGCAUUGCAGAUGAACUAAGUGAUGAUGAUGACACUUUCAAAUGAUUGUGAGGAUUCCCUUUUAUGCUGCUAUACUAGUUGUUCAGAUAAUAUCAUUAAAGCACAGGUACUACAAUCAAGGAAAGUGAUUUACAAGGGAAAAUUACUAUGAGCAAAAGGAAGAUUUCUAGGUAGAAUUGUAGUUGAGUUUUCAGGAACUUUGGGGAUAUGAAUGACUAGGCAAAUGUGGUGAUGAAAUUUCUUUCAGAACAAUCAAUUUAUUGCAAACAUCAAAUAAUAAUUGAUAGAAAAAGCAAAGCUAUCAAUUGGCAUGUUCUUCCUUGUUCAUCAACUAUUGUAAUACAUUCUUGUCUUUAUAGUUGUGUGUCAGCUGUUUAAUCUUUA